CACAACACCGAUCAAAUUAUUUUCUCUCCGAUUAACUUCCAAAAAGUAACAAAUUUAUCAGAGCCCUGCAGCGAAACCGCGUCAUAAACAUCACCAUAUAUGGUCACACCAACACUAACUAUAUCUCUAUGUCUCGAACUACACAUCGGCCGUUCAUUUUCGAGUAACCAGAAAAUAAUCGCCCCGCUCAAAACAAAGGCUAGCAAAUAUUCACAACAACACUGAAAUUUAACCCCGAGCAAAAUCAUCUUUGAAAAAAAUGCGCUGAAAUUAAUAUAUUUGCUAUUAUAGCAGCCUUUAUAUUAGCUCUUGUUUGUUGGCAUAUUGUACUAUCUUCGCUUUUUGAAAAUUUUCUAAUUAACUUUUUUAUUGUAGUUGAAACGCGACCGUUGAUUUAAGUAAGUCCACUAUUUUAAUAGUCGUUUUACCAUUUCAAAACCCUUUUGUUUAUUAAAAAAUUGAUAAAAGUCCGUAUACUAUUGAUGAUUAAUAGAUUUGGUCGCUGAAUGAAAGCCGUGUCGUCUGCUUCCGUUCAAAGUCUUUAUCGUCUACGCAAUUAAAGCGUUCAAGAUCCCGGUUGAAGAUCAAAUAUCCGACAUAUUCAGCGUUUUAUCUUAUCAGAAAAAAUGGCAUACAAAAAUCGAACAAUGGUGAAUAAUAAUCGCCGCUAACAAAUAUAUUGUAUUUUGGCUAAUUUCUAAUGAAAGCUUUUAUUAAAAAUAUUAACUAAUUUAUAACUUAUUAGUUAUGGAUACGGACUUCUUCAGACAUUUGAUUAUUGCCUUAGCUAUUAUUAUCAAUGUGAUUGAAUUUGUUGCUUGCACAAUCAAGAAAGAGAAACCUUUUAACCCUUUGCCUUCUUUAACAGCCUACACUCAAGAGGCGGAGAUCCUCAUGCCGACAGACAUCUACGCCGUCAAGGGGGUGGAACAGGACGCCAUCCUGGAGUGCCAGAUAUCUGGAUUCACCCCACCUGGUGAUGGAAGUGACACUUCGUCUGGGGACCAGUGGAGCAUCACGUGGCACAAGGAGGGGGAGGACUUCUCUCUUGUGACCAACUUCAUCGGGCUCACUUAUUCGGUCGAUAAAAACAAGCAAGUUUGCAAGUGGGAUCUCAACCGACAGAAUAGGAGAGAGUGGUGCUUCGACAGAGGAGACCCCCUCGUCCCCACUCUUACAUCAUUAUCAACCCCUCCCCACGACAACAAAAAACACUGCACAUAUCAGUUCAGAAACGUGUCAGAAGGCUCUGGAGUCUGUUCAUUCAUCAUCCGCAAUUUCGACCAAUCAGACGAGGGCAACUAUUCGGUGUCUGUUGAGUACAAACAGAAGCGGACGAAAUAUGUCUACCUACACAUAGUUGAUCAAUCAUAUCCGAAGGAGUGUGAGAUCACGAGCAACCUGCCCGACAGGAUCCGAGAGGACGAAGGAGAUGUCACUCUCACGUGCACCUUCUACGAGGCAUUUCCAUUUAUCACGAUGAAUAACAUCGGCUGGGCUAAAAACGAAAUACCUAUUCCUAAUUACGACAAACUGCCAGAGUCAGACCGACUGGCCAACUCACAGUGGCAAAACACGGAAAUGUCGAUCAACAAAAACAGAGCACUCAACGCGUUUGAUCUCAAACUGUACGAAGUUAACAGACGAGACACCGGAGUUUACAGCUGCUCUACAAUUGGAGCAUCGGGUCGACCAAUCAGAUGCGAGUACGAGCUGAAAAUAUCCUCUCCGACAAUCUCCCUUUACUACACGGGCCAUCAAUUUUACACUCCGAUUACGUCAUCAAGAGGCCAUAAGCUGACUCACACUAUGAGAGUGUUACGUAAUCACACGAAGCCGUUCAUGUGUCGUGCGGAGAAUGAAGUGAAUGCAACAGAAGCGACACCGAUUCGUGUCGACGUUCAAUACCAGCCUCUGGUUCGUGUCAAAAUCGACAAACCCGAAAUAGUCGAAGGUGAGUCGGUUUUCGCCGUAUGCGAGACAGUAUCGAACCCACCGCCUCGUCGGCUCUACUGGCGGCUUGACGAUUCCAUGAAAGAGUGGCCUUCGGUCGGGGGCAAAUGGGAUCCAAUAGGGGCGACGAUAAUGUCCAAAAUUUCCCUGGAUUUGUCCAAGGUCACACGAGAAGAGUCGGGUCAGUGGUCGUGUAUAGCGACUAAUGUGCUGCACAAUUCGAGACAACUCACUGGAAGUUCGAGUUUCAACGUCUCAGUGUUGUAUCCUCCGACUAACGUUCACAUCCAGCAGAGUAUGACCAGUGAACCCUCUGACGUCAUCACAAUCAAACCGACCAAUCAGGGACCUUCAAAACUACACUGUGUAUUCGACGACGGAAACCCGCGUGCUCUGGUUACGUGGCGCUUCCUCCGCUUCGGCCGAGCGAACGGGUCGCCCAAAUCACAACUUAUCACAAUGUACCACAACAGGAAACAGUCGCUGAUAACGUUCGAUAAGCCGACAGAGCAGAAUAGCGGCACUUACUGUUGUGAUGUAGAAAGUCUGAGGUUCGCGAUGGUGUCUGCAUGUGCUAAUGUGACGGUGCUGUUUGCCCCACAAGUGCCUGAAAUGCAACUGAAGUCAUCUCAGAUGCCAGUGACUCUGCCCCACUCGGCCGAGUUCUACUGCCAAGUCACAAUGUCUAACCCACCCGCAAUCAUCAAGUGGUACCUGAAUGGAGUAUCCCAGAAGCCCAGCCAGCAGGGCAGUGAGAGGGGUGGGGAUGAGUCAUACCACUGGCACAGUUGGAGUGUGAUGAGGGUGGGGCUGAGGCCAGAGAACCAUCUACAGCUGGUGUGGUGUUCCAGCCACUCGGAGGAGUUCCCUACCGAGAAGACGAGCCAGAAGAUCACACUCAACAUCAACUAUGCUCCUAUCAUCCGCAACACGUCUAACUCUUACGCUCUGAGUGGAGACUCGGCAACUAUAUCCUGCACUGUGAUUGGUCGGCCGACACCCGAAGUCUUCUGGUACAGAGGAGAUAUGUCGAUCACUAAGCAAUACGAACUGGAAAAUGGACUUACGAGUAAGGUGAUGAAGAUGAGGGAUGAGUGGACGGUUGAGAGUGAGUUGCGGGUGGGGAGGGUGGGAGAGGGGAACAGGGGGGACUACAAGUGCACGGCCUCCAACACCUUCGGCUCAUCACACGCCACAGCUAGCAUUCUGGAACCCAAUCCGCCCUCCUUAGAAGACAGUCUCACAGCCCAAUUCAUCCCCGACAACUCAGUCAACCUGUCGUGGGUGCCAGCCAAGUCGCACUACUACCCCAUGCACACUUGGUACCAGGUGUGGUACCUCACUUCAGUCACACUCCAGCAGGGCCAGGACAAGAAAGGGCAGCAGACUGGUGGUGGUGAUGGAGAAGAAGGCGCCCGUGAGUCCACGGAGGUGGCCUUGAUGACUAAACUGGAGCACAAUUACACCACUAGUUUUGCCCUGGUGCCCCGUCUGCAGGCCGGCAACUUCUACCACUUGUUCGUGAGGGCCUGUAAUGAAGCAGGAUGCAGUCAUCCCCCCAUCAGUCGUGUGUUCGACUUCGAAGCGUCCUUGUCUAACAGUGCGGAGGCCUUGCAGUCUGAGGUGGACAUUAAGGAGAUGACAAUAUUGGAAGUCACUCUGUCUCUGGUCGUCGGCUGUCUCUCCAUCGCCCUCUGCUACCUCAUUGGGGUGUUAGUGAUCUGUGUGAAGAAGAUUAGGACCCUAGAGGACCUAGCAACAGGGGUCAAGUUUUCCGAACAUCAGCAGUACAGUACACAAAGAUCGCAGCAACACCAUCAGAUGAACGAGUCAAACAACAACACACUAACAGGAUAUUCAAUGAAAGUGCCGGUUGGAUCCAAUCAGAGCAUGGCCAUUCCUAGAAGCUAUCUGGCACAACUGGACGCAGCCGGAGCAAUGAAGGAGUCUAUCGCCUAACCACUAUUUCCAAGGAUGCUCCACUCCAGAUCUCAUCAAACACUAAAUUUUUAAACUUUUUAAAUUUUUUUGGUUAUAACUCCCAGAAUGGUUAUCACGGUUGGUUAUAACGGAUAACUCGUAUUGUAAAUAAUGGCUUAAAUAAGUUUACUCGAAAAUCCUCCAAACUGAAAGGCGUCAACUCAAGGUUCGGUAAUCACUGUAGUGUGCAAAAUUGCGGUGGUAGGCAAACAAGCCAAAGGCCAACAAACCGAAAAGCCAAC